CAAGGUUAACCAACAAAAUAGGGUCCUUGGCUAGCUGCUCGUCUUUUCGAGAAAAAUAAACAACUCUUCUUAGCGAAAAUAACAGCACUCGACUGCUAUAGCGUUGAAGUCUGAUUAGACUGUCUGAAAAUGGUUCGAAAAUCAUAAGUUCAUGUGUUUGCACUGUUGUCGCUGUUUUUCGAAGACGCCAGUUAGCCUGCUAAUGUUAGCAAACUAACGUAGCCAUCACUGAACUAGCUUGCUAGCUAGCUACACACAAAGCUACAGCUAUGUUUGUGCAAGAAGAUAAGAUAUUCGCUGGAAAAAUAUUAAAAAUCCACAUUUGUACUAUGGAUGGUACAGAGUGGUUGGAAGAAGUAACAGAGGAUACCACUAUUGAAAAACUCAAAGAGAAGUGCUUGAAACAUUAUGUACAUGGAAGCCUUGAAGACCCCAAAACAAUCACACACCAUAAACUUGUCCAUGCUGCCUCAGAGAGGAUCCUCACAGAAACUAAAACAGUUGCAGAUGAAAGUCUAAAAGAUAAAGAUGUUCUUCUACUGAUAAAGAAGAGACCACCGCCACCCCCUCCGAAAAUGGCUGACAUAACUGCAGAGGAAAAGAAGAAACAGGAUAACAAGGCUCCAGAUAAGGAUGCUAUCCUGAAGGCCACCGCUGGCCUGUCCACCCGCCACACAGACCGCACUGUCACCCAGCACAACAUCAGAGAUUUUCAGACGGAGCUCAGGAAAAUCCUUGUCUCUCUCAUUGAAGUGGCCCAGAAGCUCCUCGCCUUGAACCCCGAUGCCGUGGAGCUCUUCAAAAAGGCCAAUGCCAUGCUGGAUGAGGAUGAGGAGGACCGGGUGGAUGAGACGGCCCUUCAGCAGCUGACUGAGAUGGGUUUCCCUGAGAGCAGAGCCAUCAAAGCUCUCAGACUCAACCACAUGUCCGUGACCCAGGCCAUGGAGUGGCUGAUUGAGCACGUAGACGACCCCGCGGUGGACACCCCCCUGGCCGGCCAGGACGCCCCAGGAGCAGUAGGAGCCACAGCACCACCCCUGGUCCCCUCUAUCUCCGCCUCAUGUCCAAACCUCCUCCGCACCCUCUCCCAGACCAGCACAGAUGCCGCCGCCGCCAGGCAGGACGAGCUCACUGAGAUCUUCAAGAGGAUCCGAAGGAAAAGAGAGUUCAGGCCUGACUCACGGGCAGUCAUUGCGUUAAUGGAGAUGGGCUUUGAUGAGAAGGAGGUGGUCGAUGCUCUGAGAGUCAAUAACAACCAACAGGACACUGCGUGCGAGUGGCUGCUGGGGGACAGGAAGCCGUCUCCAGAGGACCUGGAUAAAGGCAUCGACACCAACAGUUCUCUGUUCCAGGCCAUCCUGGAGAACCCUGUGGUCCAGCUGGGCCUCACCAACCCUAAAACACUGCUGGCGUUUGAGGACAUGUUGGAGAACCCUCUGAACAGCACCCAAUGGAUGAAUGACCCUGAGACUGGGCCUGUCAUGCUGCAGAUCUCCAGAAUCUUCCAGACACUCAACCGCACGUAGGGACCGUAUGGUGACCUGGUGUGAGCUUGUGUGUGUAGGUGAGCUUGUGUGCGAGUGCGUGCACGGCUGUGACAAGUGUUGUUUUUGCCUUGAAAAGUCAAAGCCGGAGAAGAUGUGUAUAAAAGACUGAAAUAUUUAUUUAUACCACAGAAAACCUUGUACAAAACAAUGUUAACAUGAACAUGAUUAUAAAAAUAAUAAUUAUUACAAUUGUUGUUUUUUACAUUUUAAUAAGAACAAUUUAUAGUUAUGACGCACAUUAUUUAUUUGAUAUAAUUUCUCCAUCAAACCAAUGUUCACCGUAUUCGAAUAUCAAUCACAGUUGAAGUUGUCUCCUUAAAUUGUUGCAUUUCAUCAAAGGUGAAUGUUUCUAGCGAGAGGUGAAUGACUACAGGUAGUCUGUAUCAUUUGGUAGAAGACAAGUCAGACUGCAUGUGAACAUGCACCAAACUGUUGCGUGAUGAUGAAAUGAGAGUUCAGUACUUACCAGGGGUUUGUUCAGAAUGGUAAAACAUUCCAAAGGUUGUAGAUAGACAUGUAAUGUAUAGAGUGGAUCCGAUUUGAUUAUUCUCUGUGACAAAUAAGGUCUGUUCUAAAUGACGUGUUUCUAUCUGAAAGUUGUGUAACGUUCCACCCUUCCUGAAUGAUUAAACCCCAGGUUAUGGGUAUGUCCAAA